AUGGUGAAGAAAGAGCUGAUCCUGAAGGUGAAGCUCUGUUUGCCAGUCUACAUUCAAACCCUCAACUAUGGUCACAAGAGCCAAAUCUACAAGUGCAGGAAAAAGAGAGCCUCCAAUCAAUCGUCUGAGGCUGAGGAGAGACCAGACGACAGAGAGAGGGAUGCGCAUGAUAAGCCUCUGUAUGCCAGCGUGCAGUUCUCCAACAACCAGGCAGAUCCUCUCAACUCCAACAUCAGAUCAGAUCAGCUCCACAGACACAUGGAGGAACAAGAGGUUACAGAGUACGCUGCUGUCAAAUUUAACGGAGCUGGUAGUCCCCCGAGAACCAGAGGAUCAACAGUGGACAUACACUGCAGCUACAGAUACCCAUCCUCAGUAAAUUCAGUUGAGAAAACAUUCUGGUUUGCUAAACUGAGUAAUAAAGAACCUGUGGAUCUGGAAAAAGACUCUGAUUACACAGGUCGUGUUCAGUAUGACUGUGAUAGCAAUGAAUGUACUCUGACAGUAACAGACCUGAGACUCAUUGACUCAGCUGAGUACAAGUUCAAGUUCAUUACAAUAUAUACUGGUUCACCUGGAGUCACUUUGACUGUCACAGCUCUCCAGGUGCAUGUGACCAGAAUAACAGUCCAUCAGUCUCACAUCGAGGCAGAGCUGAAAUGUCUCAGCAGCUGCAGUUCAGACGACAAUAUUUCUUACGUCUGGUUCAAGAACGGACAGAAAAUAAUGGAGGAGGAAACUUAUUCAGGGCAGUUUAAUCCUGGUGACAAUAUCUCCUGUGCUUUGAAAGGACAUGAGGAUUACCGCUCUCCUUCAGUGUAUGCUCCAAAGCUUCCCUCUGUGUCAGUGAGUCCCUCUGGUGAAAUCAUUGAGGGCAGUUCAGUGACUCUGACCUGUAGCAGUGAUGCUAACCCAGCAGCUAAAUACACCUGGUACAAGAAGAAUGUAAAUCCAGACCUUCAACCUCUCAGUAAAGAACCACAGCUUGUCUUCAGCUCCAUCCAGUCCUCUGACUCUGGAGAGUAUUACUGUACAGCUGAGAACCAGCUGGGGAAGAGGACAUCUAAACACAUCUUUAUUGAUGUGAAAUAUGCUCCAAAGCUUUCCUCUGUGUCAGUGAAUCCCUCUGCUGAGAUAGUGGAGGGCACUUCAGUGACUCUGAACUGUAGCAGUGAUGCUAACCCAGCAGCUAAUUACACCUGGUACAAGGACAACCAAACACUGUUUCACGGAUCAGAAGGAAUAUAUAAUUUCACCUCCAUUAGCUCUGAGGACAGAGCGAUGUACUACUGCAUAUCUGAGAAUCAAUAUGGACAGAUCAACUCAUCAUCUCUCUUCAUAGAUGUGCUGUAUGCACCAAAAUCAUCCUCUGUGUCAGUGAGUACCUCUGGUGAAAUUAAGGAGGGCAGUUCAGUGACUCUGACCUGUAGCAGUGAUGCUAACCCAGCAGCUAAAUACACCUGGUACAAGAGUAGAGGUCCUAAAUUUAUCUCAGGAGGUCGACAGCUUGUCUUCAAGUCCAUAAAGUCCUCUGACUCUGGAUGGUAUUACUGUAUAGCUGAGAACGGGCUGGGGAAGAGGACAUCUGAUUACACCUCCAUAAAUGUGAAAUAUGCUCCAAAGCUUCCCUCUGUGUCAGUGAGUCCCUCUGCUGAGAUAGUGGAGGGCAGUUCAGUGACUCUGACCUGUAGCAGUGAUGCUAACCCAGCAGCUAAUUACACCUGGUACAAGGAGAAUGAAGACUCACCAAAAGCAUCAGGACAGAUCUUCACCAUCACUGAUGUCAGACCUGAACACAGUGGGAAUUAUUCCUGUGAAGCCCAGAACAGAAAAGGACGUCAUAACUCCACCUUACAUCUGAUUGUUGUGAAAGGAACAGGAAUAACAAUCACUGCUGGAAUAACAGCUGCUAUUCUCCUGCUUAUCAUAAUCCUCUCUGUCUACCUAUGGACGAGGAAAAAGAGAGUCUCCAAUCAACCGUCUGAGGCUGAGGAGAGACCAGACGACAGAGAGAGGACACAGCCAGCAGAGCAAGAUAACAUUCUGUACGCCAGCGUGCAGUUCUUAAACAUCCAGGCAGAGUCUCUCUACUCCAACACCAGAUCAGCUCAGCUCCACAGUCAAAUGGAGGGACAAGAGGUUAUCGAGUACGCUGCUGUCAAAUUUAAGAGCCCUGGUAAUGCCCCGAGAACCAGAGGUCGGAAAACUGGGGAAGAUCCGGCUGAACUGUACAGCACGGUCAACAAAACUUCAUGA